AUGGCAGUGAAAGUUGUAGCAUACUCCACCCUGGUGCUGAGAAUCCUCACACUUUUGCUUUUAGCUGCUUCUGCUGUCUACAUGUUUCUCAACACUUACAAGAUUGAUGGUUCCAAGACUUCUUGGAAGGAUCUCAAGACUUACAGGUUUGUUUUUGCAACGGCUGUCAUCGGUGUUUUCUACUUGUUGAUUCAAAUUCCUUUUGCUGUAUAUUAUGCGUGCACGGGCAAGAGGUUGAUUCGCCAUUCAUGUCUCCCAGAAUUUGACUUUUAUGCAGAUAAGUUAGUCAGCUACUUAUUGGCAUCUGCCGUUGGUGCUGGCAUCGCUGCAUCGAUGGAGUUGAAGAUCAUUAUAGAUGAUGUAGUUGCUCUAAUUGCAUUCAUAUUUGAGGCAUUAAAUUCAAAUGUAGACCUGGGGAUCAAUCUUUAUGAAUUCAAGUCCAAAACAGACAAGUUUCUUGAUCGUGGGAUCAUCGCUACGAUUCUCCUAGCUGUUGGUUUCGGUUUCAUGGUGGUGAUCUCUAUUCUUUCAUCCCUCAAUCGACCCCGGAGUAGAAACUUCUUCCGUUAA